AUGGGUGACUUACAUGAUGUAUUUGAUGAGAUGGUGCGAGAAAGUCCGAAAUCGGGCAUGUCGUUCGAUUCUGCAGAAAGACUCUAUGAGGCCUACAAUUUGUUUGCAAAGGAACAAGGUUUUUGCGCGGUUUGUAGAAGUAUUUCUAGUUCUAGUAAGUAUGUUGUGAUGUCAUGUGAUCGAUUCGGGAAGUUGGAUUACAAGAAACAUACGAAAAAGACGGACUGUCGUGCACAUAUUAAUGCUAUCAGACGGGAUUCUGGUAAGUGGGAGGUGUCUACUGUUCAUUUAGACCACAACCAUGAAUUGGAUCCAAAUAUGUCCGCUCUAAUGGCGGGUCACAGAAGUUUGCCUAUGAGCGUGAAGAGGCAAUUAGAAGCUAACGACAUUGCAGGCGUACCAAUUUGUAAAAGUGUGAGGUUGGCUCAAGUCCAAGCUGGAGGUCCUAGAAAUUUAGGAGCUAAUGCAAGAGAUUGUAGGAACUACAUCAAUGAGAGGAGAAGAUUGAGACUUGGCGAAGGAGAUGCACACGCCAUCCACAAGCUCUUUCGUACGUUGCAAGGGCAGGAUGCGAGAUUUUUUCAUUUGAUGGAUAUUGAUGAAGAUUUUAGGCUCCCAAGUGUGAUGUGGAUUCAUCCUCGCAGCAUAGCUGCUUAUCAGGAUUUUCACGAUGUUGUUAGCUUCGACACUACAUAUCUAAUUAACCAGUAUCAGAUGCCUUUAGCGACCGUGGUCGGAGUUAAUCAUCAUCAUCAGUCAAUUUUGCUAGGCUGCGCGUUGUUGGCACGUGAGCAUGCUGAGUCUUUUAAGUGGUUUUUCAGUAAUUGGGUUGAGGCCAUAGGAGGGGUUCAUCCUACUGCGAUAUUGACCGAUCAAUGUGAGAGUAUCGGUGUGACUGAAUCGUUUCUCCUUUCAUGA